ACCAAACUCUGUCGCAGUUCUCUCGUUCCUGUCGUCUCUCUCUGUCUCUCUCUCUAACCCCUCGUCCGCAAACCGAAGCCAAACCCUCGAGAGAGAGAGAGAGAGAGAAGAGGGAUUACAGAGUGCUGCUCCGACUCGCAAUCCGCCUCCCCCAGCCCUCCGGUACUUUGGAGGAAUAACUGCCAAUUCAUGGAGCAGGAGUUGGUGGAGCUGUUUGAGGCAGCCAAGAAGGCCGCGGACGCGGCCACCGCGGAUGGAGUGAGCUCCAGCUCGCCGGCAGUGUCCCGGUGCGUGGACGCUCUCAAGCAGCUCAAGAAAUUCCCCGUUUCCUAUGACGCUCUGGUUGCUACUCAGGUUGGGAAACGACUUCGCCACCUGACAAAACAUCCCAGUGGGACCAUCAAAAGUAUGGCCUCUGACGUGCUUGAGAUUUGGAAGAAAAUAAUAAUCGAUGAAACUACUAAAAAUAAGAAGAAUGGCAGCAUUGAUGGCAAAUUGGCAACAAAAACAGAGAAGACUGAUAAUGUCAAGGUUGAAAAGGGCCCAAGUUUAGCGAAGACUGAGAAGGUUCCAAAGGAUGAAACUGUGGUUGUCGAGAAAGUUUAUAAAAGCGACAAGGCAAAAGCGAGUGUAUCGAGUUCUGAAACUGUCAAAGUUGAGAGGAUAUCUAAGGAGGAGAAACCACCUACAAGUGCGAGGAAGCCAUCACAGGCACCUAAUGCUCUUCCUCCAAGGCUGACAACCUUGGUCAAAUGUAAUGAUUCUCUGCGUGACAAAAUUCGAGAGCUCCUUGCCGAGGCAUUUUCCAAAGUUGCCAGCGAGGCAGAUGAGGACAUGCUGGAUGAAGUGAACGCAUGCGACCCGUUUCGAGUUGCUGUUAUGGUGGAAUCAGUUAUGUUUGAAAAGAUGGGUCGGUCCAAUGGAACUCAGAAGUUCAAGUACAGGUCCGUCAUGUUCAACAUUAAGGACCCAAACAACCCCGACCUGAGGAGGAAAGUCCUCUUAGGGCAGGUGAAACCCGAGAGGCUCAUCUCCAUGACUCCAGAGGAGAUGGCUAGCGACCAGAGACAGCGGGAAGUCAGUCAGAUUAAAGAGAAGGCCUUAUUUGACUGCGAGCGUGGGGGCCCACCGAAGGCAACGACCGAUCAGUUCAAGUGUGGCCGAUGUGGGCAGAGGAAGACGACGUACUAUCAGCUGCAAACGAGGAGUGCUGAUGAACCUAUGACAACGUUUGUCACAUGUGUAAACUGCAACAAUCACUGGAAAUUCUGCUAAUUUUCCGUAGAAGUGAGCCAUUUUAGAGAGGCGAACAGUGAUACUGCUGAUCAUUUGUGGGGAUUUCCUUUGAUAAGAAAGAAAGUUAUGUUAUUAGGCUCUGUUCUCUGGAAAUUUAAAGACAAUUCUUUUCCAAUCUCUUUUAAGACUGUAACAUAAGCAUGUCCAUCUGUAUUAGCUUUGCAGUAUUUCCCGAUUUCUUAUAAGUUGUCCGAUUAGUUGCAAUUUUCUUGUUGACUUUGUUGAUCGAGCAAUCAAAUUAGUUCCUUUGGUAA